AUGGGCGCGAAAGGUGAAGUCCUAGUCCCCAGUGUGAGUGGUGAAGUCCUAGUCCCCAGUGUGAGUGGUGAAGUCCUAGUCCCCAGUGUGAGUGGUGAAGUCCUAGUCCCCAGUGUGAGUGGUGAAGUCCUAGUCCCCAGUGUGAGUGGUGAAGUCCUAGUCCCCAGUGUGAGUGGUGAAGUCCUAGUCCCCAGUGUGAGUGGUGAAGUCCUAGUCCCCAGUGUGAGUGGUGAAGUCCUAGUCCCCAGUGUGAGUGGUGAAGUCCUAGUCCCCAGUGUGAGUGGUGAAGUCCUAGUCCCCAGUGUGAGUGGUGAAGUCCUAGUCCCCAGUGUGAGUGGUGAAGUCCUAGUCCCCAGUGUGAGUGGUGAAGUCCUAGUCCCCAGUGUGAGUGGUGAAGUCCUAGUCCCCAGUGUGAGUGGUGAAGUCCUAGUCCCCAGUGUGAGUGGUGAAGUCCUAGUCCCCAGUGUGAGGGGUGAAGUCCUAGUCCCCAGUGUGAGGGGUGAAGUCCUAGUCCCCAGUGUGAGGGGUGAAGUCCUAGUCCCCAGUGUGAGGGGUGAAGUCCUAGUCCCCAGUGUGAGGGGUGAAGUCCUAGUCCCCAGUGUGAGGGGUGAAGUCCUAGUCCCCAGUGUGAGGGGUGAAGUCCUAGUCCCCAGUGUGAGGGGUGAAGUCCUAGUCCCCAGUGUGAGGGGUGAAGUCCUAGUCCCCAGUGUGAGGGGUGAAGUCCUAGUCCCCAGUGUGAGGGGUGAAGUCCUAGUCCCCAGUGUGAGGGGUGAAGUCCUAGUCCCCAGUGUGAGGGGUGAAGUCCUAGUCCCCAGUGUGAGGGGCGAAGUCCUAGUCCCCAGUGUGAGGGGCGAAGUCCUAGUCCCCAGUGUGAGUGGCGAAGUCCUAGUCCCCAGUGUGAGUGGCGAAGUCCUAGUCCCCAGUGUGAGUGGCGAAGUCCUAGUCCCCAGUGUGAGUGGCGAAGUCCUAGUCCCCAGUGUGAGUGGCGAAGUCCUAGUCCCCAGUGUGAGUGGCGAAGUCCUAGUCCCCAGUGUGAGUGGCGAAGUCCUAGUCCCCAGUGUGAGUGGCGAAGUCCUAGUCCCCAGUGUGAGUGGCGAAGUCCUAGUCCCCAGUGUGAGUGGCGAAGUCCUAGUCCCCAGUGUGAGUGGCGAAGUCCUUUCUACCCAAAGCCUACCGAUGAGCUUUGCUAGCGAGUUCAUCAGUAGGUUUCUCAAUUUAUUAAACCAUCUUUGA